GUAUCAUUAUGCACAAUAUAUUGACAUAUUCCAUGAAAUAUUAUUAAUUAACAAAUGGCGAGACACAAUCUCCAAACCUUAUGCAUCGGAGCUGCGGCGUCAGCUGUAAUACUAUUUCUCCCUUUGUGGAGCUUCACCAUGAUCACCACCACUCCCAAAUCCGACGUCGUUUGCGGGCUGCAGGCCCGUGCAAAAGCCCGCAUCGAAACGGGCCGAGAAUCGAAGGAUCCGACAUUCUACGACGACAACACGACUACAUUAUACAGCAUAGACGAGCCCGUGAUAGCGUGGGACGAGAAGAGAAGCCGUUGGUUCGAACUCCACCCGACGUUCUCGCCCUCGGAGAAUCGCCUCCUCGUCGUAACGGGCUCUCGGCCGCCGGCAUGCAGGAGCUCUAUAGGGGAUCAUUUUCUACUGAGGUCUUUCAAGAACAAGGUCGAUUACUGCAGAAUUCAUGGGUAUAACGUCUUCUACAGCGACGGAUUCUCGAAUUGGGCCGUGAUUCGGGCCGCGAUGGUGGCCCAUCCACAAGUAGAGUGGCUGCUUUGGGCCGAGGCCCAUGUGGUUUAUACCGACAUGGACUUCGAGAUUCCAUUGGAGAGGUACAAGGAUCACAAUCUCGUUGUCCAUGGUCGGCCCGAGGCGAUGAAGAUGGGCCCGGGCUCGGGCCCGGGUCUUUUCUUGAUACGGAAUUGCGAGUGGUCGAUGCAGUUUUUGGAUAUUUGGGCCGGCAUGGGCCCAGGCCCUGAAUAUCGAAAAUGGGGUGGAAUCUUGGAAUCCACUUUCAAGGACAUGAUCUACGUGGAGAAUCUGAAUCUAGAGGGCGACAGCUGGCGCGACGUCGUUGGUAGAUUUGAAGAAUUCGGGGGUAUGUAUGGGGAGCUGGAGAAGCGCGUGGUGGCACUGAGGCGGCGCCACGCAGAAAUGGUGGGUGGGGGGUACGCGGCGGAAAGGGGCAGGCAGGCGGAGGAAGGUGGGUGGCGGCGGCCGUUUGUGACGGAUUUCUCGGGGUGCCGGUGGUGUGGCGGGAAGAAUGUUUCGGCGUCUUGCGCGGCGGGGAUGGAGAGGGCGCUCAAUUUUGCUGAUAAUCAAGUGUUGAGGAAUUACGGAUUCGUGCACCCGAAUUUAGGGAGUGCCUCCUUCAUCACCUCUUUGUCGUCUAGCUAUAGACGAGCUCGAUUCGGUUACCUUAACUGAGAGUUAGGAUCGAAAAUUUUUCUAUUUACUUUAUUUUAUUUUCUUGGAUUUUGGGGGAUGGAGGGGAUGGGUUUUUUAA